CGUAUAGAUAGAAGCCUUGACAGCAAAACACAACCUUGACAUUGCAAUCAUGUCAAGCACCAAUAUUUGCAGCGACCGAAUAUAUCUUGGAUUUGACUUCAGUACACAACAAGUAAGACACUAAAAUAUUUCUUAAAGUUUUAUUUUGGCUUCCUUUAUUUGUCUUUCCAUCGUUUGUUUUAUCAGCAGUUAAAGCUGAAAGAUAAUAAAGCUUUAUUUAUUAAAAAAAACAACAACCCCACAACGUAUUCCAAAUGAUUGUGCUGAGUUUUAUAAAGUGUUUAACAAGGUUCCUCUUACCGCCUUAACAAUAUCUACUCCUACUUCCCCCCUUUCAAAAAAAAAAAAAACGUUACCUCACACUUAACAUUCUUAAUUUAUAACAAUUCUUCAAAUUGUUGUUUAAAAAUUUUAAAAGAACAAUGAUGUUCUUAAAAUUCCGAUCAAGUACCGAAAACAUAAGUAAUUUAUGAACUAACCUUCUAAUGGUCGAUUGAAAAUUUUUUUUAUUAUUAAAAAUAUAUAGUUAUCAUUAAAAAUGAAAAGUUGAGCUAGAUAUAAAAGCGUUUUAUUAUUAUUUUCGUGACAAAAUUUCAGAAGUUGAUAAUUUUUUUUUAUAGUGAUGGGUGUUAAAUUAUUUCGUGUAGCAAAUAAGUGCACUGGACUUCGGACUGAAUGUUAAAUUUAAUUAAAAUACAAUCAGAGCCGUCUUUGCAUUUCUUCCAUCCGUGAUCGAUAAAAUGAGGAUCCAUCAGUAAUAUAUAAUAUAUAUUUAAAUUAUUAUAUAUAUUAUAUUGGUCGAUGAUGUUGACAAUGACCCCCAAGACCAUACUUCGAAAGAAAUUGAAAAUACGGUAAAUAUAGAAUAAAAGGGAAAUAAACGCGUAUGGAUUUAGGACAGGGGGUGCGUUCUCUAUUGUCGGAGAUAAAAAAAACUUUAAAUUGAGUGGAUGAGGUAGGAGAAACAGAGGUAAACAAAAACAUUCGAAUUUCCGUUUGUAUUUUUUGUUCUGAUGUAAUAGUUUCAGUUUACUUCUUCAACAUUUACUGGAUUAAUGUUGAAACGUUGUCCUUUUCCUUAAACGCUGUCAAGAAGAAAGUUAGUGUAGAAAGUUGUUUGUGGCAUAUUUUGCACAAAUGAAAUUGAAGAAAAUUUGUUUCUGCCAAGGGAGGUCACUCUGGUUUAAGUUUAAUUCUCUUCCCGGUGAAAGAAAACGUCUAAAAACAAAUAUGGCGGAUUGUUGAAUGCUUAAAAAAAAAAAAAAAGGUAUGGAAAACAAAAAACUUUUUCUCACGUUCGAUUCGAUUUUGUGAUUCUGUCAUGUCGAGUCGCUUAUAAUUUAUUCAGCAAGAUUUCCUUGCGGUGUUUCUCAAGAUUCUGAGAAUGUGUGAUGUAUGCUCUGGCCUGUUAUCCUUAUUCGAUAGCCACGAUGAGCGGCUUCACAGCGGUGGUGGUCUUCGUCUGGGAAAGAAUGAGAUUCUGUCUGUGAUUCAAUACGUAAAUAUAUGGCCUCAGAAACAAUGUAUGUGCUGCUACAAAGAAUUUAAGAACUUUGAACGAUUGAACAAUAUUGUUCAAAUCGUUUUGACUGUUGCGAUUCGGCACAUUCAGACUCUGCCUGAUGACUACGCCAAGGAAAAAGAAAAACAAGAAAAGCGUGAUCAUUGUUCUGAAGAUGCUGUUUCUGAUAUUUCUGACAAGAACAAAUCGUCAAUUGAUGGCUUGUCAUCGGAAGAAACGGAAAAAAAUGAUGCAGAAGAACUCGAUGAAUCCGAAGUUUGGGCCAUGGAAGAAAAAGACCAAUUACUUCAAGUAGUUACGAAAGUCUUUCUCAUGAACUUCCCCUCGUAUGUGGCUUACAAACAUGUCGUUCAUUCAUCUCUAGAAGAACUGUCUCAGCAGGAAACUCGAGCCUUGAACAAUUAUUGUGAAAUCUCCGAUUCUGAAGUUCCUCUGUAUCUCUUGCGCAAUGUUUGUUUUUUCUGUGAUAGUAACGGUGUCCAAGCACUGCAACAAUGCUUCGAGAAAGCUACACCGGACACGCUUCCAUUCACAGUGGCUCAUACUCUCAUCAACAUUAUUGCAAAUCUUCGUCUUUGGAUGAAUAUCGCUACUGUGAUGCAAUGUAUUGUGCCAUUACGAACUGCUGUUAUUCGUUAUAUGUGUAAAUUAUCCGAUAAAGACCUGCGAAUGGCCGGCACCCGGAACAUGACAGACCUCAUGUGGGCAGCUGUGAAAGAACCGUUGGAUACACAUUUUACCUAUGACAAAGAAGGUUUGGAUUUAGCCUUUAAAUAUUUCACUUGUUCAACUCUGACAAUUCGACUGGCUGGUAUAGCUCAGAUUAACCGUCAGAUUGAUUUGUAUAAUGAAUGCUGCAAUAACGAUACAUUAGUAGAUGCAGAAAAUGUUGGUAAUCAUUUAGCUAAAUGGCUUUUAGAAAAUAAGAUUAUUGAACAUAUUUUUGGUCCUAAUUUGCAUGUGGAAAUCAUCAAACAAAGCCAGAUUAUUUUAAAUUUUCUUGCCGUUGAAGGAAAAAUCACAAAUGAACAUAUCGACUGUAUAUGGACUGCCAGUCAAAUGAAACAUUGUAGUAAACAAGUUUAUGAUAUAUUGAUUCCCCUUAUAAAAAAUUUAGAACUGCAAUUGGUUCAGCAUUUGUCUAACUUAGUAUCUGCCCUUGAUCCCUCUGCACACACUGAGUCUACUUUAUAUUUAGCAUCUGCUCUCCUCAAGUGCAUCUGGAGCACUUGUGUUACGUCACAGAGCCAUAAUGCUGCCGUCCAUCACCAACAACAACAGCCAGCUGACCAGCCACAGAGCAUUGUAGCUGCUAUUGAACAAGAGGAAGAAGAAUUAGAACAUGGUAAAUCAAGCAAACCAGAAAUGAGCAGCAGUGAAAGUCUACAACUUUCUGAAGGGGAGACUGACAAAGUCCCUGAGAUGGACAGCAACAAGAGAAUUGGAAUGGUCGAUAAUAAAAAUGAGGAAUUGCCUUCAGAGGAUGAUCAAAAAGAGUUGAACAAGGCUGAAAACAAAGCUGGCUCAACACGACAACAGAUUUCUCACGUCAAGAAACAUGAUGAUUGUACUGAGAAACAACAGAAAAGCUGCGAGCAGUUUUCGGCCAACAGUGACAACAGUGAUGAAAGUGACAUGGAUGAAGGCAGUCAUCGGCAGCUCACUGGCCUCGGUCAAGAGUUUGUGGCUCCUAACCAGGUGGGAGGUGGCAGUAGUGGUAGCGAAAGUGAUGUAGAAUGUAGUGGUUCUAGCGCUGGAGAAGGUCAAAUAUGCACAUCACUGAAACAUGGAAUGCAAAAACGACGAGGUGUCAAAAGACAGCCAGUGCCGUUAAAAUGUCAGCAAAGGCCCCCAAGAAACCGAAACGCUCAAGCUUAUCGUGAUACAGAGCAAGGUACAUGUUCUGAUGAAGACGAUGAUGAUGAAGAAGAGGAAGAAGAAGAAGAGGAAGAAGAAGAAGAAGAGGAGGAGGAGGAGGAAGUGGAAGAAGAAGAGGAGGAGGAAGAAAUGGAAUCAGAAUAUGAAGAAUCUGAUGAUGAGAUUCUAAAGCAUGCUAAAAUGGUACAUAUGAAACAUUCUUGUCACGGUGAGAGUGAGGACAGUUCAGAUUUUGAUGCUAACGAGUCUAGAAGAGCAAAACUAAUGCAUGAGACCAAACUUCGUUAUGAGACUCAACAUGCACUGCAAGAACAUCAUAUACAGCUCCAGCAGCAAGGACUUCUUAAACAACCUGCUUGCCUUGUUCUUCAGCGACAAGGCAAGAAACGCUAUCGUAUCCGGCCAGGGUUGCAAAGGUCUGAAAAUCAGAACAGAAUUCAACAAAGCUUGCAUCCUGGUUCAGUUUCUCUCGAAGCUCGUGGUGAUAGUGAUGGUAUUACUGGUCACUGUAAAGACUUGGAAGUUGGUGGGGACAGUGAAAAGAAAAUGGCUAUUUCAGAUCCUGGUAACCUAUCACAGGAUUCACGAGAUUCUCAUGAUUCUGAAGCCAGACCGUCCACAUUAGCCAACCACGACAGUGCUGACAGCAGUAUUCAAGGUGUGGCUUCCUCCCAAUCUGCUCAGGAGUUUGAGAACCGUGCUGAUGAAGCCGAAAUGUUUGAUUGUGCUAAUUAUAUCCAACAUAUGCAAGCUCACCCACAUGGACAUAUCCAAAGUGAUUAUAUUGAAGACAUAUUGAGUCCUGAAGGUAGCUGCCACAGUUCCAGAAUGAGUACAAAAUCAGAAAAAAAUAUGGCAGAUUUUGAUGGGGAAGAAGUUCUCAGUGAUGAGGAAUUAGCUCAGAUCAAUGCACAUCCUCAUUUCAAUACGCACCAAAUGCAACAACAUCUCGCCAGUAUGGCAUCAAUGUAUCAUACUCACAUGCCACAUGUCAUUCAUCCCAGACCAUCUCAGAAAGAACUUUCAGUUUCAUCUUGUACCGAUUUUACAUUUGAUGAUGUCUGCAAGAAAGGGAACACGCUUCUCUGGGAUCUUGUGCAAGAUGACAUGGCGUGUUUGCUACCCGAUGGCUUGGUUGUUGAAGCAGAGAAAGCUCUUUACACUUUAGUGUGCUUUUCAACAGAUAGGCGCAUUAAAAUCAAGUUCAUUGAAGCAUGCAUUGAAAAUGUGGCUGCGCACCGGUCUGUAGUGGUAUCUCUGCGUCUUCUGCCCAAAAUCUUCAGCUCUUUUCAACAGUACCGCAGUGGCUCUGACAACCAUGCUGUGACUAUGUGGGCAGAAAAAGAACUGAAUAUGAUGUCUCAUUUUUUUAGUGAUCUUAUCCAUUAUACUGAGAGCCGAAAAUGUGAUCUACAGAAAAGUACAUCCCUCUACAGUCACAAGGAACAAAUCAAGGUGAGGCUUUUGUUUUUAACUGGUGUGUUCAGUGCUCCUGGAUCACCAGAUAGUUUCCGUCUAAGUCAAGAACAGGUGGAUACUUUGUGGGCUUGUCUUGCUUUAGAUCCAGAAUGUUCUGAUGAAUGCUUGAGCUGGUUUCUUAAUCAAGCCAAGAGCAAAGAGCAUCACCAUGCCAUGUGUUUGGAAACAUUCAAGCACAUAUUUCUUGAGAAAAUGCCUCAGCUUAAACCUGAAUCAAUGAGUAUGAUCGGUUUGAAUCUUUUCCAACAAUUAUCACACUUGGCAAGAAUAGCAAACGCUUCUAUAGAUAAUCAGUUGUCUGAGGACCAAGUGUGCGGCAUGGACCAGCUGUGGCAAAUUGCUCUACGGGCUUUGAAUACAGACGUCAGUAUCACAGCCAUCCAGUUCUUGAAUAACUAUUACAUCAAUUAUGGAAAUGGACUGUUGGAAAAAGAAGAUGAAUUUAUUCGUCGAUGCAUGGACAGUCUUUUAACUGCCUCUCAGAAAGUUGAAGAAAAUCCUGACAUGAAUCUCCUUGUUAUUCAAAGAGGUUUGAUUUUAUUAAAAAAUCACUUGGAAGGUUUUCGAAAAAGAUAUGCUUACCACCUCAGAAACUGGCAAAUCGAUGGACAUGGCAUUGUGAGUCACCAAUGUAAUGUACACGAGAAACAGUCAAGCCCAAUUCGAAUUCUCUUACAGCCAGCUGGUAUCUCAGAAAAAACUCCAUUAGAUAUGUUGUCUACUGAUCUCAUUGCAGAAUUACGGGCUGAAGUUGCUCGGUGGUGGGAAGCUCUCCAGAAACAGCAACAACUUCAACGCCAGCAGUCCUCUAGUAACCAUGGUAAUUCAAUAUUGUCUCCUAUCCUUGGCGCUAUGCUGGGGGAUGGGCCAAUACGGAUGAUUACUCUUGGGCAGGAGCUUACUGUAGAUAACGACGAGAAAACUUUGAGUGAAAUGCAGUUUAAGGACUUGCAACUUGUUUUUGUUUCUGUUGGUGCAAGUAGACCACAGAGAAAGAUGGAUGGAACGUUGCCAUCAUCGUGCCUGCCAUCUCCUAGUCCUGAACAAUUACCUAUGAUGAUACUUUUGCAAGAGCCAAGCUUCGAACGUCUCCUUACUUUGUUGGAACAACUGAGUAACCUGAGCUUCUCAACAGCUGAUUUAGAAAGUAAAGAAAGAUGGAAUUUACAAAGUAAAGGCAAAAUAUUUUCUCGGCGGGUUUGGGAAUUGUUGAUGUUAUUACCAACAAGUCCUGAAAUGUUAUAUGGUUUCCGAAGUAUUAUGCCAUCAACUCCCUACAAAGAAGAGACUCCACCUGAAGAGCCUAUUGACUGGAAUCGGCUACUAGAUCCACAAAGACCACACCGUUUAAUGUAUUCUUUACAGAUAGUUGAAGCAUUAUCAAAAAAUCCAAAAUGUAAGAAGAAAUCUAUUUCUCGAUCUGGAGGAGGAGGAGAUGCAGAGAGUGAUCAAGUGCUGGAAGGUCUGGAAGUUCCUGAAGAAGUUUGGACCAAGCAGUUCAUUUCAAAAGGAGGGCUCAGUCAUUUAGUUGAUAUAUUUAAAUCAAGUACCUUGCAAGCCAAAGCAGAUGAAACUUGGAAUCAGUGGAAUCAAGAAUGCUUGGCUUAUUUGCUUCGUCUAAUAAGUCAGUUUUCUGUGGAGAGGUCAGAUGCUGAAGCAGGCCAUGAUGACCUCUUUGAAAAUUAUGAGUUACCCCGUAAGAAAAUGAAACGUCAAAAAAGUAAUUGUGAUAAAAUUGUUGUACCUCGUCUCAACCAAACCAUUCUGUCAAUGCUAAAUGUCAAUACGGACUUACAGAUCAUCAUGCAAAUCUUGUUUGAUGCUGCUAUACCAAUAGAAAACAAUUUAUGCAAUACAGGAACUUGGGGGAGGUCAGAAGUUGUUCAUUAUGCUUUAAAUUUUCUUGUAUCUUGGGCAUAUUCAUGUGAAGAACUAAAAGAUGCAUUUUGUUCAUCUCCAAAUUUCAAUUCUUGGCUGAAAAGGUUAACCCUGGAAGCCCCAGAACCCUGCGUCCGCAAGGAAGUUUGUACUGGACUUUAUCAAUUAUGCUUAGGAAAGACCUCGGAAAACAGAAACGGUUAUGCAUUUCUGUUACCCAUACUAUCUAGUAUGCUGUCAUUUCUACCGGAAGCUCUAUUAAUAAAACCCCGAGUAAAUGAUGCCUACCUGCAAGAGGAGAAGAAAGAGACAUAUGGUCCUGGUUGCCGUGACUAUUUCUGGUUGGUAUGCAGAUUUGUUGAUAACAUUUCAAAAGAAGAUGCAAACACUAAAUCUGACAGUCUCGUGAAUUUAGAUAUGUUAUGUAAAGAAAUUGCUAAUCAUAUAAUCUCUCGCUCUUUUUAUGAAACCAGGAAUGGUUACGAGGAGGAUGAUGCCCUGAUUGGUCUUUUAAAUCUUUGUACUGCUAUUUUGAAACAUGAACCACCUUUCAAAACAUCUGAAAAUGGUAGAGUAUUUCUUGAAGACAUUUUUUGGUGUCUCUUUGCGUUGCCAUCACCAGUCAACAGAAAGCUGCCCAAGUGUAAAAGUCAAGCAUCUCGAGCUGCUGCUUACGACUUGCUUGUAGAAAUGGUAAAAGGUAGUGUUGAAAACUAUGCUAUACUGCAUGAAAAAAUGAUGAAGCAACACAGUAAAGAUUCUCAUGUACCCUACCCAUGGGAUUAUUGGCCACAUGAGGAUGGACGAUCAAAAUGUGGCUAUGUAGGUUUGACUAACCUCGGAGCUACUUGCUAUAUGGCUACAUGCAUGCAGCAUUUGUAUAUGAUUCCACAGGCAAGGCAGUCAGUAUUACAAGCAAAGUGCACAGACCAGACAAAGCAUGAAGCCACACUGAUUGAGCUUCAGAAAAUAUUUGCUUACCUUCAAGAAAGUGAGAGAAAAGCUUAUAACCCCAAGAGCUUCUGCAAGACUUACACCAUGGACAAACAACCUCUGAACACAGGAGAACAAAAAGAUAUGACUGAGUUCUUUACAGAUUUAAUUACAAAACUUGAAGAAAUGUCUUCCGACAUGAAAAAGCUGGUGAAAAGUUUAUUUGGUGGUGUCCUAACUAAUAAUGUUGUUUCCCUUGAUUGUCCACAUGUCAGUCGCACUGUUGAAGAGUUUUAUACUGUCCGAUGCCAAGUUACAGACAUGAAAAAUCUAUAUGAUUCGCUUGAUGAGGUUACAGUGAAGGAUAUGCUUGAAGGAGACAAUAUGUAUACUUGCUCAAAAUGUCAAAAGAAAGUCCGUGCUGAAAAGCGUGCAUGCUUCAGAAAACUUCCCAAGAUCCUGUGUUUUAAUACAAUGCGAUACACUUUUAAUAUGGUGACUAUGAUGAAAGAAAAGGUAAAUACACAUUUUUCUUUUCCAUUACGCUUGGAUAUGUCUCAGUACAUGGAAGUGAACUUGAUGGGACCAGAUAAAUUACAAGAUGAUGACGAUAAGAAUGACACCUUCACGAAAGAUGAAUCUGACUGCCAUGAAUAUGAACUGAUUGGAGUAACCGUACACACGGGAACUGCUGAUGGAGGACACUAUUAUAGUUUCAUCAGAGAUCGCAUUAGUCAGUCUAAGACUGGAUUUGAUAAGUGGUACCUAUUUAAUGAUGCUGAAGUGAAACCAUUUGAUCCUAGCCAAAUAGCUGCAGAGUGUUUCGGGGGUGAAAUGACCAGUAAAACGUAUGAUUCUGUUACUGACAAAUUCAUGGAUUUUUCUUUUGAGAAGACCAACAGUGCCUAUAUGUUAUUUUAUGAACGGUGUUCUCCGAAGAAGAAAGAAGUGCCUAAUGAAGAAUCUGAUGCUGCAUCAGAGCCGCCACAGAAAUUCAACUUUGAUUUGUCAAAGGAGCUUGCUGACUGGAUAUGGCAAGACAACAUGCAGUUUCUACAAGAUAAAAAUAUAUUCGAGCACACUUAUUUUGGAUUCAUGCUACAGUUAUGUGGUUACAUUCAAACGACAUUACCUCGAGAUGACCCAAGAAAAGUGCCUCUGAUGGUUGCACAGCUGAGUGCGUCCUUUGUCUUAGAAACACAUAUUCAUGCCAAAGAAAAACCUACUAUGCUUCAGUGGAUUGAACUUCUGACAAAGCAGUUUAAUUCCUGCCAAGCUGCAUGUGAAUGGUUUCUGGAGCAUAUGGCAGAAUGUGAUUGGUGGCCUCAGCAGAUAUUAAUUAAAUGUCCUAACCAAAUGGUGCGCCAGAUGUUCCAGAGGUUAUUAGUUCACGUAAUUACACAACUCAAAAAUGCCCAGUAUGACCUUCUAACCUCAGGGAAUCCCAAUGAUGACCAAACCAAAUCCAACAGCCUCAGUGGUCAGACAUGUGCUACCAAAUUUAUCAGACGUAUGUUAGCAAUUCUUGAGCAAGGUGUCCGACCCCACAGCAAGUAUCUAACAGAAUAUUUCAGUUUUCUUCUAGAAUUUGCCAAGAUGGGCGAUGAAGAAUGUUUUUUCCUAAUCAAUAACAAUGCUAUAUCAGCAAUUGUUAAUUUCUACAUGGGUCAGAAAGCUCAAGAAAAUUAUGUUGAAAUAUUGUCAGAUGAUGAUGAAGAAGAUGACGUCAUUGCAAUGCCUGAAGAUAAGCACAGACCUCUGGCACUAGAUAAAAUGAUAGCGCUGAUUGCACAGCUGGUGGAGAGGUCACGAGGAGAAGACAAUCAGUUACGCCUGAGUGAAAAAGAUUAUAACAGCAUCAUUGGUGGCAAAGGAUUUCCAUUCCUUUACAAUCAAAUUAAAGACCAUAUUAAUGUACGGCAGACGUGCAAUUUAAUUUUUAGUCUCUGUCGCUGGAAUGACUCUUUGGCAUUGGCAAUUGUUCAGAUGCUUUUCAAUGCUGUCAAAAAACUGAAUGCAGAACAGGCGCAACCAUUUUUUAAGUUAAUGUCUUUAUUAGUUGAAUUCAUUGGAGGUCCACCAGGAAUGCCUCCCUUUUUACAGUAUAUUCUUCAGCGAUUCUGGGAGCUCACAGAAUGUUGUCCUCAUCAGUGUCUUGAAUGGCUCUCGAAUUUGGUCACUAGGAAUAAAAUUGCCAAUGCAUGGGUACUACAGCAGAUGGACAAUUGGGUCGAAGGUUAUCUUAUUGCUCAUGGCAAUGUACGGGUAAGAAAUGCAGCAAGUUUCUUAUUGGUUUCCUUAGUUCCCAGCCUAAAUUUUCGACAAGCAUUCCGCACAGCUAGAAGCAUACUGAGUCCACAUAAAGAACUACUACUCUCCUCAGAUGCACUAGCUGUUCUACAUCAAAUCUACGAGCAUUUGUUAUCACUGCUGUCGCGUGCACGUCUCUAUGUUGACCCUCAGGUUCACGGCACCAGCAAACUAGUUUGUUACUUUGCUGUUGUCACAUACUGUCUGAUUUCUAAAAAGGAAAAGUUAAUGUUUGGUCGCUAUUUUGCUGAUUUAUGGCAACUAUUUCAACCCAAGUUAUCAGAACCUCAGAUCUCAAUGCACCACAACAAACAAGCCAUGCUUAUGUUCUGGUAUCAAGUGUGUCUAGACUGCCCAGAGAAUGUAAAACUUAUUGUCACCAACACACAUGUCUGUAAAAAUAUUGCUUUUAAUUAUAUCCUCGCUGACCACGAUGAUCAGGAAGUUGUCAUGUUCAAUCGUUGUAUGUUGCCAGCCUACUAUGGCCUGCUGCGCAUCUGUUGUCAACAGUCACGUUCUUUCACAAGGCAGCUCGCUCAGCACCAAAAUAUUCUGUGGGCAUUUAAGAACAUUUCUCCUUAUCCUGCCCAAUAUACUGCUGCUGUCGAAGAACUCUUCAAAAUGAUGCGAGUCAUGUCAAUGAAGCACCAAGACAGUUCUGAAGAAGAAUUGAAGGCCAUCAAUAACUUCAGGCGAACUACUAUCCAGAUGUACUUGCAGCACUUGGACGCUCGAUCUGGCUGGCAAACACUCAUCAACAGCUUCAAAAUUCUAGUUGAUAGUACAGAUGACAGACUACUCAUUAUUUACCAGCAAGGUUUGCAAAUGAUAACUGAAGCAUUCUUUACUCUUCAUGUGAUGUACCACGAGGCUACAGCAUGUCAUGUGACUGGCGAUAUUGUUGAUCUCCUUGCCUUGCUAUUGCCUGUCCUCAAAGUUGCCAGGCAUUACUUGGAACGGAAGAACCCAAGUACUUUACAUGUAAAGGAAUGCAUCUUUAACUGGAAUGAAAGAGCAGAGUUUGUUCGCAAGCUUCUUACUCUCUUGAAUUCUUAUACUCCACCUGAAAUCCGUCAGAGUUGUUUUGAAGUCCUCAAAGAAAUGGUACUCACUUUCCAAAAGGACAUAAUCCCUACUAUUGUUACAAUUCUGCGAGAUUCCCACAAAGCAUUUCAGGACACCAACCUACCAGUGUCUGUUGGUCCUUAUUUCCCACGCAGGGGUCAGAAGACCAUCUGCUCUAAAUCUAAUGUCAGACCACCAAGGCCUCAGUUUCAGAUGUUGCUACACUCCAACCAACUGGAAGCUUCCCGAAAUGUUGAUGAUUGUUAUGAUGCUGCACUGUCUGACUUCUUCAAUCAAUAUCACCUGUUUAUUGACUUGCUAUGCCGGGUUGCUGUCAAUCAACAUAACCUUACUAAAGACUUGAUCAAUCUGAGUGCAAUGGUUGCUUAUGAAGGGGUACCUCUUCAUUCACUUUAUUUUGCCAAAUUGUGGAAUGAAAUCUAUCAUUUAGAGCAGUUUGAUAAGAGUUGCAUUAAAGUAUUGUGCAACAGCUAUUAUUUCAUUGAGUAUGUCAAUGCAGUUCUAUUGGAUGAACGCAUGUCUCUCAACAGCCCUAUAAUCUACCAAUUUUUCUGCAAUUUCUUUCCUAAGGUUCACCAACAAGUCCUCAAUGACCAAGGUCAAAGUUUACUUGACAGUCUUGUGGCUUCUAUCACCGCUGAAAAAUCAGCAACAGAAAAUGUAAAAACUGAUCAGGAACUUUUUUCUAUCUGCCAACGUAUUAAUGGUGACCUUAGAGCCAUGCUUUUAAUAUUUUCUGUUCAACCUCCAAAACAACUUAGUAGUUUACUAACAGACAGCCUGCAACACAUUCACAGAGUGUGUUGUGAUUACCAACAACGUCAGAGAUCUGAAAAUGAAGAUUCUUCACUUGCUGCUAGUUCAACCAGUGUUGUUAGCUUAUCUACUACGACUACUACUACUACUGCUACUACGAAUACUCCUACAAUUACUACCACUGCUGCUACUUCUACUGCUACUCCCACUGCAGUAUCGGUUGCUACCAACAGCAGUAAGACAUCUUCAUCAUCACCUCUUUCCAGUCCUCUUCCAACUUCAUCAGCUGUUACUUCAUCUCCCACCACAACUAGUAUCAAUCCAGGCAUUAACAUCGACCCUAUUACUACUGCUGAGACGUUAACUGAAGUCCCAGUAACAGCCGAAAAGCUUACUCGUUCGGAACACCUAAACAGUUCGGAACCAGACGAGUCUAUGGAGACACCUACGAAGCGCCAGCGAUUCAGUAACGAUCCUGAUGAAAUGGAAACCGACAACAAUGCGGAAGAGGUGUCCCCUGGUUUCCAGAUAGCAUCCGAAAGCUCUCUUAGUGGAACUGGUGGAAUUGGUAGUGGUGCUGGCCAGACUGGUAGUGGUAGGCUGUCUUCAGAAGAAGGCAAAGAGACUGAUACAAAAUGUGAACAGCACAGCCCUAACAAAGGGACAGCAGCCACAACAUCAGGAACAACAACAUCGACAACCACAACUACCAGUACCACUUCCACAGCUCUCUCUGGGGCACGGUCCAUCCACAGAGAAAAACCCAAUUUCUUAGACACUGUUAUAAAACAUAUUGAACAUUUGUAUGGAUUUCUUGGCCUCAAGUAACACACAUUUAGCUAGGUUCUUCUCUACUACCACCUUCUCACUUUUUUACUUUGACUUCCUUAACAUUUUAUUUACAUUCUUUAAUCCACAUAUAUUACUACCAUUCUUCUCUCUCUCUCUCUCUCUCUCUAUUUCUCUUUCUCUCUGUUUUUUUCCCCCUUCUACAUAUCUAUCAUACUUGAAUGUUUUUACUAACUCUCUCUCUUUUUUUAUAUACACAUUUUUUUUUUU